UCCCCGGCCCCCGGGGCGAGAAGGGGCUCUGGCGGCAGCGGCGGCGACCGCGCCGGGAAAAAGAGCUGGGCGGAGGGCGGGGUGGCUCGGAGGAGUGUCACGUGCAGGAAGCGGAAGCCCAGGCUCCCUUUGAGCUUUGUGCACCCUGCCUCGGACUCAGGCUCGGUGUCCCUCCCACUCGUGCCCCCGCCUGGCCCACCGGGAUGGCCCCGCCGGGGGACCCGCGCCGCCUCUGCAGGCUGGUGCAGGAAGGCCGGCUGCGCGCUCUGCAGGAGGAGCUGCGGGCGGCCGGCGGCUGUCAGGGCCCGGCUGGGGACACGCUCCUCCACUGUGCCUCCCGUCACGGACGCCUGGACAUCCUGGCCUACCUAGCCGAGACUUGUGGCAUGGACAUCGAGGCCGCCAACCGAGACUACAAGCGGCCUCUUCACGAGGCUGCCUCUAUGGGCCACCGGAACUGCGUGGGCUACCUGUUGGACCGAGGGGCGGCGGUAGACUGCCUGAAGAAGGGCGACUGGACUCCUCUGAUGAUGGCUUGCACAAGGAAGAAUCUUGAGGUGAUCCAGGCCCUCGUGGAACACGGUGCCAAUCCACUCCUGAAGAACAAAGACGGCUGGAACAGUUUCCACAUUGCCAGUCGAGAAGGCGACCCCCUUAUCCUCCAGUACUUGCUCACUGUGAGCCCAGAUGCCUGGAAGACAGAGAGCAAAAUCAGAAGAACUCCUCUGCACACUGCAGCAAUGCAUGGCUGUUUAGAAGCAGUAAAGGUACUUCUUAAGAGGUGCCAGUAUGAACCAGACUGCAGAGACAAUUGUGGCGUCACCCCAUUUAUGGAUGCAAUUCAAUGUGGUCAUGUGGAAGUAGCCAGGCUACUCCUUAAAAAACAUCAGGCUUGCUCUUCAGCUGAGGACAGCCUGGGGGCCCAGGCUCUGCACAGGGCAGCUGUCACAGGGCAGGAUGAAGCCAUCCGCUUCCUGGUGUCUGAUCUUGGCAUUGAUGUAGAUGUGAGAGCAACCACAACCCACCACACAGCACUUCAUUAUGCGGCCAAGGAAGGACACACAAGUACACUUGAGACUCUCCUAUCCUUGGGUGCUGACAUCAAUGUUAAAGAUGAACGAAAUCGAUCAGCCCUGCAUCUAGCCUGUGCAGGUCAGCACUUGGCUUGUGCCCAGUUUCUCCUGCGGUCUGGGCUGAAGGAUUCUGAAGACAUAACGGGCACCCUGGCUCUGCAACUCACACAGAGAGCGGACAUCCUCCAAGGCUUUUACCCCUGCGCUACGACCUAAGUAGGUUUCUACACGGAGCCAAUAAAAUGCAAGGCAAUUUCUA